GCAGCCGAACCAACCAAAUGGAAAUCAAACCGGCUCGGUCUUUGGACCAAGAUUUCCAUUUCAAUUGCGAAACACUGCACCUUCGUAAAUACAAUUUGCAUCCAAUUCGUGUUCCCAAUUUGUUCUAAUCAACAAUCAUAAGAUUUUAUCAUGCAAAUUUUACAGAGAUGUCGAAACCUAUUGAUCCUCAACAACACCGUUACUCAAUCGACGAGACUAGCAGCGGCAGCACCCCAUUUGGCUUCAUUACAUUCAAGUGGUGUAACAAGAGAUGAAGAACCAUCGAAGACUUAUAUAAGAUAUACAGUACGGCAGAAGCGGCCUGACACAACGAAGAAAGCUCUUAAAGAUAUUCUCUACAACGGGGGGUGCUCAACAUCAAGACAUGAGGGAGCGGCAGGCUAUGCAGAUAGGUUAAACAAGAAAUCUCGAAUAAAGGCCGCUCAUCAUUCUAAGAGAGCUGCCCAAAGAAAGUUGAAACGGAAGCAUCAGAGAGAAAACCCAUUGGACGAUUGUGAUGACGACCCUGCAAAAGCAUUUUUCGCUGCUUUUGGAAGAGUAGGCUCCAAUUGGAACUUCAGACGCUGGGAGCAGAGAUCCGAGUGGGCGGAAAAUUAUCACGGGAGCAACAGUAGAUUGAACGAACAGGGCGCUAGAAGCAUGACAUAUGCUGAUCGGAAAGUCCUUGGUUUGCCGGAAACUGGUCCUCUGAAGAUCGAAGAUGUCAAGACUGCCUUUCGCUCGUCUGCUUUGAAGUGGCACCCUGAUAGGCAUCAACCUUCUGCACGAGCAGCUGCUCAAGAGCAAUUUAAGCAUUGCGUCGAUGCCUACAAAUCACUAUGCGCCAGUGUCUCCUCGCGUAAAAUCUAAUCACUUUGUGUGAUUGAAUUGCAACCGGAGAUAGUGGAGCAUCAAUUAUAUGCUCAAAAUCACUUCGAAUUUUGAAAAUACUCCAAUAAAAUUACCAAUUUACUGUAUUUCUACCAAAGCAACUUGCAGUGUACUCAUUUGUUGUUU